AUGUUUUUGUUUUCAUCCACCUCUUUGUCUUACCUGUCUUCAUUUCUCUUCAUCAUCCCACUUCCUUUCUCUCUGUCUUUUUAUCUCACUGACUCCAACCCACUUUUAUCCUUCAAUAAUCAAGUCAGAGAGGUACACCUCUACACAGAUAAUCACAGAAGAGGGAUGUAUCUGCAGAUGACUCUGGAUGGGAGAGUGUCAGGAAGCGACGCUCAGACCGCUUACAGUGUGCUGGAGCUGAAAUCAGUCCAACCGGGCCAUGUCGUUAUCAAGGGCCGGUCAUCGUCUCUGUUCCUCUGCAUGGACAGCGGAGGUGGUUUGAGUGGGCAGGUGCAGUACUCAGAGGCCCACUGCACCUUCAGGGAACUGCUGCUGGCAGAUGGAUACACUCGUUUCCUCUCCUCGCUCCACAGACUCCCCGUGUCUUUGGCGUCAAGACAUUCCCCAGAUCGACACGGUGUCCCCUUCACUCGAUUCCUACCACUUAGGAAUGCUUUGCCAGAGGAGAGUGUGCCUGAACAGCCACCGAACAAUCAAAGACACUUCCACGUGGACUCUGAUGAUCUUCUUGGAAUGGGUCUGAAUGCGAUGGACAGUCCUCAGUUCUCAGUGGACAAGUAA